AUGCCUUACAACACCCGUCGAAAAUCGCUUUCUCUUCCUUCUCUCGGCAUCCAGCUCCCCAACACAUCGCGUUCCCAUCGCUCGCUCUCCGCGUCCAAAGCGCAAAGUGCCGCUGCUAGCGAAAACCAACCGCCGCCUAAAAAGGUCAAAAGGUCACACGACUCUGAAUCGCAAUCUGCGGCAUCGUCGUCUCUUGAGGAGCAAAUACACGUCCGGAAAACCGGCGCGCGUGUCGCUGGAGCCUACGGUCAAACGCCACCGCCUUCGCCAGCAGACCUGGGAAUCGUCGCAAAGAUCGAUACAGAGGGCAUAAGCGACGACAUUAUCAUCGCCGUUAUCGAGCAACUGGAAAAAACGGGAAACAGGCCCCAUCUCAUCAAAGAGCUCGCCACUGUUCUGUCGGCGAAAAACGAGACAAUCGCAAAGUUCGUGGCUGAUUCUUUUUCCCUUCCCCCGACUCCUCCCAUAUUAAGCUUUACUAAUAAACCAUACAGCUCAGCGAAUGCGGCUGCCUUAAUUUCAUCCCGCCUAAGCUUGUAUCUGAAACGCCCUUGGAGUGCUCUUGCUCCCUGCCCGAUCGCCAAAGAGCACAUACAAGUGCAUCCGCGAAAGGUAUUUUUUUACCUUACCAAUUCGCCCGCGCAAGGUUUACCGGAAGACUCGAGCGAUAUUAUCUCGACGCUCGCCGGGGUAAAGCACCUUACCCCCAGCCCUUCAAAUGCUAGCGUCGACCUUGACGAUGAGGACGACUACCCAGAACGAUCGCGCAUGAGUCCAAGUCCCGAAGUAGACCUUUCUACCCCGGCAUUUGAGCAGGAUGAUCCCGUUUUAAUAGAGGACUGUGCGCCUGGGAGACCACCAACCCCCACUGGUAGUUACUCAGUUCGAAAUAGAAUUGCGCAAAAUUACAGCCUAUCACACAGCAGCCGCGCGGUCUCACCGCCUUUGGAAGGCGACGAAAAGGAGUUCACCAUGACCGCCAGUGCGGUCCGGGAGCGAACGUCGUCGGUAGAAGAAGCGGUGACGAAACAGGCUGGUCAUCAGAACUUAGACCCCAGCCAGGAGGGCGGCGACGAGGUGCGAGUGGAAGCAACCAUAGAGGAUUGUUUUGCAUCACAUGAAGAGCACUCUCAGGGCCAUGAUUACGACUAUUUUUCGUCCCACAUGAUCCGAAGCGAGGCCAGCGCUGAUGUUGACUCUUCAAACGCUGAGAUCUUGGGUACACCGCCCUCGCCGUCCGAAUCCUCUGACUUGUGCUUGUCGUCAUCCGCAUCAAGCACAACUUCAGAUGUUGAAAUCGAUGAUUUGGCCAUCACCAGUCCUAUCGACGGUGCCAGCACAUCAACCGGUGUCCCUUGCACCACCAUCACUGGCUGCAAGCGGUCACUAGACAUGCUCAGCACCGGGUUUGAUUUCCAUCUCGAUGCUGGCCUCGAUUCGUGGCUGGACCUCCAAAGUCCCGAGGCGAUUGACAUCCAGGAGCUGGACGCCAUAUUUGCCGACGUUUGA